AUUAACGACAGCGACGACAUACAUUGACAACUUGUAAACAAACACAAGAAACAUGACAAAAACUUGCAUAAAUGAGUAGAAAUACUCACACACAAGUUUUAUUCAUGAAAUAAAGUACACUAAAGCCAAUGACAGUGUUCCUAGGCCAUGAUGGAAGACGCUGUAAGAGAAGACAACGGGGUGCUGUUCUGGAUCAAUCGGUCUGGAUUCCCGCUGGAAGACAUGCCAUGGGAGCGCAUGUGGGAACAUGUGUCAAAGAUUCAUCCUGAUGGCCACAACAUAGUUGACAAAAUCCGGAAGACCGGCAAUCUAAAAUCGGUUCCUGUACCUCAGGCACCUCUCAAUUUUCCACCAAAUGCUUCCGUCCCAGAUCGAGUCAAUUCCGUCCAGAAGUAUAUGAAAGCACUUCAGUACAAUCAUACGGGAACACAAUUCUUUGAAAUUCGAAAAAAUCGUCCAAUAUCAGGGUUAAUGGAUUGUGCAAGGGACAUGAUCAAAGAUAGUCUACCCAUCAAAUGUCUGGAAGCUGUGAUACUUGGAAUAUUUUUAACUAAUGGAAUACCAGGGUUAGAGCGAUUCAUGAUAAGCUUUAAGUCAUGUUUUUCAGGCAACUAUCAUCGACAUGUUGUCUUAGGGUUGUACUACACUGGUAAAUUUGGUGCUAUUGGUAUGAGCAGGAGAGAUGAUCUCAUGUAUAAGCCACUGAAAUUCAAUAGUUUGACGAGUCUGAUCCUAGAUUUUGAAUCCUCGUAUAAUCGAUAUUGGCACGAAGUGAAGAAAGUAAAGAUUGGACUUCCCAUUCCUCAUGAUCCACAUAGUUACGAGCAGGUCUCUUGGAAGUACCUCACCCUGAAUAUACCGAAAUUGAAUAAAAGUGAAUUACACAAGGAACUGGAAAAACAUUCGAAGGAAGUUCGAUCUCAGUGUCGAUUACGUGAAGUCUAUGUUACUAAAAACCCAACGAAGGUGAAAGGCACAGGAGGUAGUAAUUAUUCCCCACCAAAGUUAGUUAUGCCUUCAUCACCCAAGAAAGAAGCUUCAUUUGUGCCAAGUCGUAGAGACUCACCAAUGGAGAGGAGGAGAUCAAAGUCCGAAGUCAAGUCCACAUCUACAAUAAAAGUAAAGCCAGCAAAGGAUAGAGAAGGGACAAAGUCAACAGAUCCAGUCGAAUAUCAGAUUAGAAUUUGAUUGAGCAUUUACCAAUUGCAUAAGGACUGAAUGACUGAUUGCCUCUUACAGGCACAGACUUUGUGUUGUUCAUUUCAUUCAUUCAAUGGAGAUGUGGAUACUGAGUAUCACAGUUUGAAUAAGGAGAAGCUGCAGUGUAAAAAGGAAUAAGCAAUAGGUCUGUGCCUUUCUUGAAACUAAAAGUGAUCUCUUUGGCGUGCAAAGCAAGUAAUUUGCCUCAAAACCAUCUGACUGAGAUAAAGGUAGACUGCUGUCAAGGGUGUCUUGUUCGACCCAAUUACAUUUAGCUGUUGGGAGGACCUCCCCUUGCCCUUGUCUCUCCCGUUGGACUGUUUGAAAUGUUUUAUCUUGUGACCUUGUCCUCUCCUUACUGCACAGUAAAGUUUGAGUCAUCCUUGUGAUUCUGGAACUGCAGUCAUUCAGACUAAUUACUUGAAAUUUGUCAGACAAAAUAAGUUUUCAAACAAAUUACUGUAAAGUUGUGAGACAAAAAAUUACUGGGAGGUUGUCGGACAAAUUACUGGAAGGUUGUUGGACAAAUUACUGGAAGGUUGUCGGCCGAAUUACUGGAAGGUUGUCGGCCGAAUUACUGGAAGGUUGUUGGACAAAUCACUGGAAGACUGUCAGAUAAAUUACUGGAAGGUUGUUGGGCAACUUAUUGGAAGGGUGUCAGACAAAUUACUGGAAUGUUGUCAGACAAAUUACUGAAAAGUUAUGGUACAAAUUUCUGAGUCGUCGGACAAAAGGUUGGAAGGUUGUCUGAUGACUUAAAUACCAUACUGGGACUUUGUCUAUCAAAUUAUCGAAAAUUUGUGGGACAAAUUGCUGGAACUUUGUUGGACGAAUUCCUGGAAAUUUGUCAGACAAAUUACUGGAAGUUUGUCAGACAGAUUGCUGGAAAGUUUUUCCUUUUUGGUGCAUUAUUAAUUUCCCAUAUUUUGAGCGCCCUGAACUGCAUCUUAUUUUGAUGAAACACCAUGUGAGUAUCUUGUGCCAGUACUGAAUUAGAAUGUAAAUAAAGAAUAUUUAUAUAUCUUA